GUCUGGUCUGGUUGAGGUUCUUGUAGAAGUUCUGUAAGAGGGGAGAGAGGAGAAUUAUUAUUGUAAUGGCGAUUUAUGGAAGAGAAUUUUGCAGUGUAUAUUUAGGUUCUUUGACCGAUAUUUACGAAGUGAAUACAUGUUUGAUGUGAAUGUUUUGUGUUUAUUUUGUGAAUAAUCGAGGAAAAGAUGGCGCGUUAUUCAAAGGCAUAUGGUAAGAAAGGCCAUGGUACUUCAAAGCCAAAUCUGCAGUCCAACAUACAGUUUGAGACAAUAUUUUGUGAGAACAGUAACAGACCUUCAGCAGCCAAAUCAGCUGGAACUAUAGGAAAAUGGGGAAUUACCUCAUUUACGUCCAUUCGAAGUUCCAAUUUCUCUGUUACUGGUCGGUUGGAUGACAAAGGGUUUGGAAACAAAAGGAUGCGAGGAGAUGUCAAAAUGGGUCGGAGAGACCCAUUUAUAUUUGUUCACUCGCCUCCCCCCACUCCCACAAGUGCUCCUCCAAGACCGAAAAAGUUCUUUAAGAGUCGGAAUGCCAACGAGCCUCCAGCCAUUUCUUCCCCAACCCAGUCACAGCAACCGGCUCGCAAAUACUCUAAGUCUUCUCCUUCCAGGUUGCCAGUGACUGCUGCAUCAAAGAAGGCUUUUCCCCCACCAAUUGAGUUUGAAGAGGAACAGACAGAAGCAAUGAACUUGUCAUCUACUCCCUCUGCUCCAAGACGGGUCAUGUCUCCUGAUCCUCUUCCUUCGGCAUCACCACCUUCUGCUCCUGCCUCUUCCAAGUCGCCUAAAUCACCUUCUCACUCACACAAUCCGCCUAUUGUCCUGCGAAUCUUCAAAGGAACAGCACAACUGGUGACACCUGUUGAUGAGUCACAACCACCGGCACCGACUCCAGCACCUGUUGCAGCUACCACACCCGAAAGGAAGUCUCGUCGAAGAGGGCACAGUAUAGAGACAGCAGGAAAUGUUUCACCUAAAAGGUUAAGAGAGAGACACAAAGGAGUCUCCUAUACGGAAGAUGAUCCCGAGUCUGAGGCCGAAUUUGAUUAUGAAGCAUUAUCCAUCCCAACAACAGGAUCUACAAGGUCACGUUCGAGGUCAACAACUUCUGUAACAGCUCCUCCUGCACCUCCUUCUGCCCCUCCUCCACCUCCUUCUGCCCCUCCUCCAGCUCAACCCAUUGAAGAUCCAGUUGAGGUUCCGAUGGAAAUUCAAUCGGAACCAGAACAAGAUUUUGAACCCAUUUCUGAACCCACUCAUACUUCACCGGCUGUGCCUGCUACUGAAACGCAAGAAGAUGAAACCGUCGAGGACAUCUCAAAACAAGUAGAGAUCUCGGCCAAAAUUGAAGAAGGACAAAACCUAAUUGAAAGUACUUACGUGGAUUUCAGUGAAGCCGAAAAGAAAUUGUUAGAUGUAAGGACCAAAACAAGUACGGACGCGGAGAGAGAAAAACUGCUUGCCGUGUUGGGUGAUGACAGUGAUGAACAAAUGCAGCAACAGAGCGGUGAUAGGGAACACUCUCAAGGGAAACAAGAGAGUGGGGAGACGGAGUGGUUUUCUGAUAGUGAGUGCAGUGAUACUGUCACCGAGCAAACGAACACCAUCAGUGAAAGUGAAGUAGCUUCCAAAAGCGUGAAGGAAGCUCCUGUUCCUCAGAAAACGCCAAAGAAAAGAAGUAUUUUUAAGUCACGCCAAGGUGGAGGAGAUUCGAAUCCCCCCGGGAGGAAAAAGCGUUUUGGCCUAUACAAACACAAAUGGAGUGGGAGUGAUGGACCACCAGGGGCUGCUACUCCUACACAAACCAGGCCUGAAGAAGUGAUGAAUGUCAACACAUUAGAGGAGGAGUUCGAGGAGGCUGAGGCACUCACAAGGGUUACAUCCUAUCCAGAACCUGAUGCAGACAGCAUGGACGCUGAAGUAGGCUUAGUUACAAGCAUAAAGUGCACAAAAAAAGUUAAAGGAUUUUACACGGUUGUUAGAAAUGUGAAGAAAGCAUACCAGAUUCAAGAAUCAGGAGAAUUUCAAGAGUUUAAUGAUGAUGUUGAAUACAUUUUAGAUGCCUUACAAGAUAAUAAUCCUAUAGCGACAAGGUGCCUGUCUGCGAUAUCGUUAGCCUCCAAGUGCAUGGUACCAGCCUUUCGCAUGCAUGUACGAGCCCACGGUACUGUCGCCAAGUUCUUCCGAGCCCUCCACGAUGCCACCAAGGAUCAGAGUUUGGGAAUGUGCACGGCGACUGUGAUGUUUGUGCUGAGUCAGGACCAGCUGAACAUGGACUUGGACAGGGAUUGUCUGGAGCUGAUGUUGAAUCUGCUGGAAAGUGACAUCAGCCACACCUCAGCACUGGAUGACUGUGGACUUUCAGAUGUCCAACUGCACAAGACACGACAGAAGGUGCGGCAAUUGUGUGCAGACAUACAGGCCAAGGGUCACGCGAAGCAUCUCAAUCUGGACAAUAUCACGGUGGGUCACCUAGCGAUGGAGGCACUGCUGAGUCUGACAUCACGACGUGCUGGAGAAUGGUUCAAAGAGGAGUUGCGGCAGCUGGGUGGUCUGGAGCACAUAGUUCAGACCAUCAACGAUUGCAGCAAAGUGAUAGACUUCCAAGUGGAGUGGUGUCCUCCCAUGUUGGAUAAGCUGCGGAAGGUGGACCGGUGCCUCCGUGUACUGGAAAACGUGACAUUGCAGAAUGAAGAGAACAACAUGUACCUGCUGACUUACAGAGAGGGUGUGAUUGUGGACACACUGAUCAGGCUGUUCAAGGUGUGUGACUCGGAGCUAACAAGGUAUCCUGUGUACUCGAUGGCUGACAAGGAGUCCGUGGGUUUUGUUAUCAAGGAGUGCCUCAUUGCCAUUCUUAAAGUGCUCAUCAACCUCACCCAUGACUUUAACAACAAAUCGUUUGGGUCAGCGAUGAUGGGAGGCCGCCAGGGGGUGGUUGAAGCAACUCUUCACAUCUUGCUGCAGACUCCAGACCAUGUUCCUGAUGAGCAGAAGUUUGAUAUCAUUGUAUUGGCGUUGAUACUUCUGAUAAACUUUGUAGAACACAGUGACACCAAUCGAAAGUUGUUAAUAGAAGCAAAUGCUCCAUCGGAUCCAGAUGCUUUGUUUGAAAUGACACAGCCAGUAUCAGGUGUGAGUGCUCUAGUAAGGCUGUUCUACCAGCAAGAGGAGUUGGCUCGGACAGAGGAACGCAAGACUGAUGCUAUCCUGGACGGAGAACAGAAACCUCAGGCGUCAUCCCAGGAAGAAUUCUAUGAAGAAACCGUCGCCAUGUUGCUUCAGAAAGCAGGACGGAACAUGGAGCAUACUCUCGUAGCAGCAUACAUUGCUCUCCUACUCGGAUACUUGGUGAUGGAUAAUAAGGAAUUUGAGCUGUUCAUCAGGAAACAUUUACCAAGCGGCAACUUUAAUGUGAUGUUGACUGUACUUCAGAAGUUCUUUAACUUCAUGACAUUAACUUCAGCUGCCGGGUCAGGAAGUAGUAGAGGUAUCAAGGCAACAGAGAUGGUGAUCAAAUACCUAAGUGAGAGUGAUAAAAUGCUGCAGCAAACAUGAGACCAAGCCUCUGAUGUGCAAGGUCCAGUUGGAGGCUCCUGAGACUGCCAUGUUGUUGUUGUUGACUGAUGUCUUCUCUUGGAAACUGUAUACAAUGUUAUAUAGUCUAGGUAGUAGUUCUGUACAUUCAUCUAUAUUAUAUUUAUUAUUCUCAGCCAGCUUGUAAAUAAGUAGGUUAUAUUAAACGUUAUUUUACAAUUUUAUAAUACUGUUGGACAAGCUUAUCUUGAGCAUUUUACUGUGUUAAAACAUGUAAUAUAUAUAUGCAACACUUUUAAAGUACAAAUUUAUGUCUGUAUAAAUUCUAUUUUGAAAAAAUUCUUUAUAUUAAUUUUAUAAUAUUGUAAAUCAUAUAAUUGUAGUGUAA